AUGAUGACACUAAAUAACACACUUAAUGAUCUCUAUCAAAAUAUAACAGAAAAUUUGUAUUAUAAUGGAACUAAUGAAGUUUCAUGGUUGAAUAAAAUAUUUACUAACACAUCUUUUGGAUAUAGAUUUUUGGAAAGGAUAACUUUUACAAAUUUUAGACAUUCACUUUAUUUAAUUUCACCUUAUGAAACAACUGUUGAUUCUAUUGAAAAAGUUCCUAAUUAUAAUAUACAAGUAUCAACAUGGUGGUUAGUAUUAAUAUUUAUUGAAUUUAUAAUUCUUCAUCUAAGAAAAGAAGAUGAAAAAUUUGCAUUGAAUGAUUCUAUAACAUCAAUUAGUGCUGGUAUGUUAUCACAAUGUUUUAAAUUUGGUGGUAGAGCAAUUGCUAUAUUUGGAUAUGUUUUUGUUUGGAAUAAUUUUAGAAUUCUUGAGUUACCAUGGGACUCACCAUGGACAUGGAUUCUUUGUCUUUUUACUCAAGAUUUUAUGUAUUAUUUAGGUCAUAGAGCUGUUCAUGAAGCUGGAUUUUUUUGGGGUUUACAUACGAUUCACCAUUCUUCAGAAUAUUAUAAUUUUUCAACAGCUUUAAGGCAAGCAGCAAUACAAGAUGCUGGAUUAGCUUUAUAUGAUAUUUUACAAGCAUUUUUUAUUCCACCACCAAUUUUUCUUGUUCACAGAUAUUUUAGUGAAAUAUUUCAAUUUUGGAUGCAUACAAGUUUAAUUGGAUCAUUAGGACCAUUAGGAAUUAUUUUUAAUACUCCAUCAUAUCAUCGUGUUCACCAUGGAAGAAAUGCUUAUUGUAUUGAUAAAAAUUAUGGUGGAGUUUUUAUUAUAUGGGAUAAGAUGUUUAAUACAUUUGAACCAGAAAGAUUAGAUGAUCCACCUAUAUAUGGUUUAGUUACUCCAGAAAAAACUUUUAAUCAAUUAUAUUUACAAUUUCAUACUAUAUAUGAUAUUCUUAUUAAAAAAGGAUUAAUGAAAGAUGAAAAAGGUAAUCCAAUAUUUCCUGGAUUUAUAAAUAAAGUUAAAGCUGCUUUAUUUCCACCAGGAUAUUUUCCUGGUUCAGAUAUUUAUUUAUUUUUUCAUUGGUUUUCUAUGAAAGAUCCAAGUAAAGGUAUACCAGAAAUUAAAAAACCAAUUAUUAAAUAUAAUCCUAUUAUACCUACAUGGAUAAAACUUUAUUGUUUAUUACAUUUUAUUCUUUUACUAUCAAUAUUUUUACAUUUUGAAUAUGAUAGAGAUCAUUUGGGAUAUAUUGAUUUUACAUUAAAAAUAGCCUUUUUUAUAACAUCAAUGCAAGCAUUUGGAGCAUUUUUUGAUGAUAAAUGGUAUGCUAAUAUAAUUGAAAUAUUUCGUUGUAUUGGUGUAAUUAUAUAUUAUUGUAUUAAAUUAACAGAUCACAUUGGAUUUGGUCCUAGUAGAAUAUUUGUCCUAACACUAUUUUCAUCAUCACUUCUAAUGUGGAUUGGAUACACAUUUGAACAACUUAAAAAUAGAAGAAAAAGGCGAAUCUCCGAUGAAAAUGGAAAAGGGCAUAUCAAUGUGAUAAGUAAAAAGGAAAUGUUUUUGGAUAUGGAAAUGAAUGUAAAUGGAAUAAAUGAGAAAAUGAAGAAAAAAAAAAUAGCAUCUGAAGUGGAUAAUAAAAAGGAAACACAAACAGUUGACAUGUUCAUGAAAGAGGAUGAUGAAAAGGAGUACCAAAGUAAUGUAGUAAAAAUGAUGGAUAAUGAGAAACCUCCUGAUGAACCGAUACAUGAAAAAAAAACCAACAAUGUUAAGAUGCCUGAAUAA